CGAACGCAAUCCUAGACGCUGUGAUUUCUCGUGUUGUCUCGUGGAAAUAUCGGAUUUAUAAAUUAGCGUCGAUAUAUUAUUCGAUAAUAAAAUUAUUUUAAUUAAUAUUGCUAAAAUUAAUUAAAAGUAUCAUGGUUGUAUUUACUUGUAACCAUUGUGGCGAUACGGUGCAAAAGCCCAAAGUGGCUAAACAUUAUCAAUUUAGGUGCCGGAACGUGCCCUUUUUAACCUGUGCGGAUUGUUUAAAGGAUUUUCGGGGCGAGGAAUAUCUUGCACAUACCAAGUGUCUAACUGAGGCUGAACGAUACGGUGGAAAAGAUUAUGUUGCAAAGCCUAAUGCAAAUAAAGGCGAACGCAAGCAGCAGGAAUGGAUUUGCGUUGUUAAUAAUUUGUUGAACGGAACAAUAGAUUUAUCCAAUGCAGAAAGAAACUUUCUUCAAAGUUUAUCGAAAUAUGAAAAUAUACCAAGGAAGAAGGCUAAAUUCCUUAACUUCAUACGCAGUGCAAUGGGCAAUCGUGUAAAUAUGACAAUUGUGGAGAGCGUUUGGAGUAAAAUGGAAAAUGCACAUAAACAAAGUCAAGAUUCUGCUGUACAUACUCAGGAACAAAAUACUACACAAACUCUAGGGCAAAAUAAUGAUAAGACAACAUGCAUUCAAAACAAAGAUUCAAAUCAGUCAAUUGAUAAUCAGAAUAUUGUUGAGAAUCAAAAUAAUGAAAAUAUAUGCAAAGAAAAUAAUUUUUCGAAGCAUCAAAAUGGAAACAAUGAACCGUGUGAGACUAAUAGUGAUAAUGUGAGUGAAAAGAAAUCUAAGAAACGACGAUUGAAAUCAAUUAAUGAUCAAAUAUCAGAGGAUCUUCAACCUGCUGCAAAGAUUUCAAAAACAUCCACUUUAGAAACGAACGAAAAUGAAAGUAACAAUAAUCCAUUUGAUUGGAAAAAAACUAUUUUAGAUGUUGUACAAGCUAAAAGUGAGGUAUCUUUAAAAAAACUACAAAGCAAAGUUAUUAAAAAAUAUAUAUGUUAUAUUUCUAACGUACAAGACGUAUGUAAUCCAACUGACGUAGAACGUGAAAAAGCUAUUGCAAAGUUUAAUAAGACAUUGAAAAAGCUGAAGAAAGCAUCUGCAAUAUGCAUUCUAGAAGAUAUAAUAAAAUUACCCACUCUAGUAAAAUAAUCAUUUUCAUGCAAAAGUACUGGAGAAAAAUGCAAAGUAAUGUGUUAUAUAAAUAAUGUGAAAGAAAAAAGAAACAUUUUAUGU